CUCAUUCCUCUCAGCUCCAAACUCCAACGGGAGAUCUUCACGUGGACUCAAAUGCAAUGCCCACUUCACUUUUAGCGCGUCAUGAUACAUCCCUCCUCUCUCUCCUACACCAAACACUCUCCCUUUCAACCUCCACAACCACCAGAAACAAAACAUCAUCACAAUGUCGAGCCAGUCAGGCGGUAUCACAGUCCAACACAACCCCUCCUCAACAAGCUAUCGCCUCAUCGAACUCCCUCCCGACCUAUUAUCUCUUCUAGAAUCCGAAGAUGCACCCGUAUUGACCAUGGAGUCCUCUGAUUCAUCGGCUGUUAUCAAAACGCCUACAAAGACAUAUGCUCUUCGUCAAAAGAACACUUCAAAUGCUCUCAUGCUCCUCACACCUACGCCUCUGCCCACAUCAUCAGAUGGACCCGUUGAGCAGGGCAUCUCUAUUAUUUCGACCAUCAAGGAAACUGUAGAGCUAGAUACUGUUCCUGAUGUGUCUUCUGGUACUGCGAAAGGACUUGGUGGCGGCAAAGGGAAGUGGCAUGAGCGAUUCGGGAGAAACAGGUAGUGCACUGGCUAUAUAUGAAUAUUAUGAUACACUCUGAUUGCUUGUUGAAAGAAAUUAACGCUGUCUAAUAACAUGACGAAGACCCCAGUCUCGCAGUUCAUGAA